CGUAUUUUGACUUUGACAUACAGAUUCAGAAUGUAAUAUAGCUCUAACAUAAGAAAUUCAAAAUUUUUGUUAUAAUUUAAAAUUAACUGUGAUAAUAUUAAUCAAAUAAUCAUGCCUAAAUCAGACAAGAGUAAAGCUAUUGAAUUUAGCAAAUAUUUCUUAGCAAAAAAGACAUUCUACGGACCAACAAAGAAAGAACCGGUAUGGGUAUAUUUGGAGAGAGAAAUGCAAGCGAAUAUAGACAAAAAGCCUUAUAAUAAGAAAGUGGGUGACUGGCUCAAGUUUUUGCGAGAUUUAAAACGCUACUUUUAUCUUGAAAGUAAAAAGCAAGAAAGAAUACUGAAAAAGGAAAUUGGUCCAAUUUGGUACGUGGAAAUGUCAGGAUUUCAAAAAGAAAUUCUUGGGCAUUUAAUAAAGGAUAUCCACUACGACUUGAUAGAGAAUCUGCCAACACGGAUUCGAAGAUCCCUAUCGGAUUUAGGCAUUAGCAGGAGCAUAAGCAAAUCUGUUUUGUUGAAAGCUAUGAAUGAAGCUGGGGAGGACGCGGCUGUAUUUAUUUGGAAGUUAUACACGGCUAUUUAUAAUAAAACGCCCAGUGAACUUCGGGGAGAAUACGAUAUGGACGCAAUGAUUUUAAUGUCAGCGCUGACCUUUAUUGACUUAGAUGAAUGUGUAGAAAAUUUAAAAGUCUUAAUGAAGCCAGUGAAGGAAACACCCGAUCCAGUGAAGAAGAAAGUGGUAAAAAAGGUCAGCAAGCAUACAGACGACCGGUACGGAAUGUACUUAGAACGAAGUACUAUACCUGUGUAUUGUAAACACCCCUCUCCGCAGCGUGGGGAGAGAGUUCAAAAGCCGCCACCCCGUAUGGAGAGAAAAAUCACGCUCAGGAGUGACGAUAGUUAUGAACGAUUAAGGCUGGAUAAUACUUUCCUUGAUAAAAGACUGCAAAGAUGCGUAAAGGCGAAACAAGCGGAAAGAAUUUGCACUUACAAAUUUUGGGAACCUCCCGUUCACCUACGCACCACUAGCCCGGGUAUGGAGGAAUAUUAUAAGAAGUUAAAGUUACUACAAAAGUCGGCUCAAGUUCAACAUAUGACUCCAUUAAGUAAUAUACAAUUUAAUGUUGGAACCGUUGCUCUGAUAAAGGGAAAGCUACGUUACGUUUUAAACAAUAUUGCUUUAUUACCGACUGGAUAUAUAGCUAUCAAUGGUGGAACAAGUACAUUUUCCACAGGAGAAUAUUUGACAGUCAUUAAUGGACAUUGGAGAUACCCAGUGGAGAAAGAAGAAAGAUGCGAUGAUACUUGUGACUGCAUAAAUUGGGAAAAGGCCGUGAUGAAACAUUUAGAAGAAUCCAAAUGCAAGUGCGGUCACCUUUACGACUUCCACCUCGAAGGAAAAUCUAAGGAAAAAUACUUCUACCAGCCGACAAAACAGUGGCCGAUGUGGCUCGACGAAGCUAAAAUAUUCCAAAUGGAUCCAAUGGAGGAUUUCAUAAAGGAGACUGUUAGAUUAGCAGAAAGGUCUCAGGAGCCUACGCCGAUUCCAUCCCAUCCUGAAUUAUCGGCAGGUGGUGUAAAAACGAAGGCUUUAUUACAGUCGUUCCUUGCCGAUUUAUCUGGGACCGCGCUCGUGAUACCGCACCUGCCGCAAGCGGAGCUCCUCAACAACCUGCAAGAGCUCGUCAGACAACGCUUCAACGGCGAGCUCUCUCCGGAGGCUCACAAACUUUCAGUAGUCCGAUCAUUGCGGCGAUGGUUGUGGCUGAAGCACAUGGACUUCCGAGAGCGCGCGUACAUGAUACCCUUUACGAAGCAUGAGCUUGAGAACAUUACUUGGGCGGACAGGCAAAAUCUCCAGUACCUAUUUGAGACCCUGUUGCGCGAUUUCACAGCGAGGAAUAGAUUGCGCCAACUGGAGCAGACACGCCUCUGGUGGCCCACGAUGAAGUUCGAUAGAUAUCCUAGCCAAGCUUUCUUAGAUCUCUACUUCACAUACAUGCCGGGCAGAUCGAAGGAUACUUAUAUUUUCAACCCAUUUAAUGCUGAGCUCACUCCGAAUGAUAUCUACAAGACUUGCCCGCUUUCGUGAUCAUUUAUUUAUUACAACCUUACAAUGUAUUUAUUAUGGGU